CCACGCCUUUUUCCAUCCCCUAGUCUCUGUCUAAAUUCCAUUUUCUCUCUCUAGAAUCACUCGUCUCUUAUAUCCUUCUCUUUCCUUUCCUACCCUCAAUCUCCGCCGCUCCGACAGUUAAAAAGAAAAAAAUCUUUUUACAUUUUCUGUGUCUAAAAGGCACAUUUGAGACAAAUUUUUGUACUCCUCAACCUUUGGUGAUUUUCCUCUUACUUUCUCUCGGAUUUUCCCGAGAAAAUGAAGAAACCCUAUCUGGGUUCUAGGGUUUCGGCCCUUUUCUUCGUGUUCUUUCUCUCAAUCUUCGUCGCCGUUUGCUCUCAGUCCAGUUCAAACGACGCUUCAGUAAUGCAGGCUCUGAAGAAGAGCCUCAACUCGCCGAGUUCACUCGACUGGACCGACUCGGAUCCCUGUAACUGGAAGCAGGUUGUGUGCUCCAACGACAAACGGGUCACCCGGAUCCAAAUCGGACAUCAGGGGCUCAAAGGGUCUCUCCCUCCGAACCUCAACAACCUCACCUCCUUGCAGGUUUUCGAAGUCAUGGGCAACGAACUCACUGAGUCACUCCCGAGUUUCGCCGGGUUGGCUUCGCUCUCCAGUCUCUUGCUCAACAACAACAAUUUCUCGUCAAUUCCUGCAGAUUUCUUCAGGGACAUGUCGUCGUUGCAAGCUGUCUACCUCGACUACAACCCCUUUUCCGCAUGGUCGAUACCUGAUAGUCUAAAAAGCGCUUCGGCCCUUCAGACUUUCUCGGCAGUUUCCGCUAAUAUUUCCGGGAAAAUCCCAGAUUUUCUCGGCGUCGACACGUUCCCAGGUUUGCAAACUUUGCAUCUUUCUUUCAAUAAUUUCGAGGGCGGAUUACCCGCGAGUUUUUCGGGUUCGUCCAUUCAGUCUCUGUGGCUGAAUGGUCUGAGUGAUGGUUCUAAGCUCAAUGGCACAAUUGAUGUGUUAAAGAACAUGACUCAAUUGACUGAAGUUUGGUUGCAAUCGAAUUCGUUUUCGGGUCCCAUACCGGACCUUUCUGGGUUAAUCGGACUGAAAACAUUGAGUUUGAGAGACAAUGGCUUUACGGGUCCGGUACCGGAGUCUCUGGUGGAUCUUCCAUCGCUCCAGACUCUGAAUUUAACCAACAAUAUGUUACAGGGACCAACUCCAAAGUUUAAGUCUUCAGUUGGGGUUGAUAUGAUUAAUGAGACUAACAGUUUUUGCUUACCUGAUCCUGGUGUUCUCUGUGAUCAGAGAGUGAACACAUUGCUUUCGAUUUCGCAAUCUGUUGGUUACCCAACUGUGUUUGCAGAGAAUUGGAAGGGGAAUGAUCCUUGUGCUCAGUGGAAGGGGAUCACAUGUUCAAAUGGGAGCAUUACAGUUAUUAAUUUUCAGAAAUUGGGUCUAACUGGUACAAUUUCUCCCAACUUUUCAUCGUUUUCAUCUUUGCAAGUAUUGAUUCUUUCUAAUAAUAACCUUGGUGGUACCAUCCCGAAUGAGCUUACAACUUUGCCUAACCUUAAGCAAUUAGAUGUUUCGAAUAACCAGAUUUAUGGUAAAAUUCCAUCAUUUAAGAGUAAUGUGCUUGUAAAAACCGAUGGGAAUCCGGAUAUUGGGAAGGAUAGUGGUGUUACUCCAUUACCCGGGGGGUCACCAUCGGAUAAUACACGUGGCUCAUCACCGGGCUCGCCCUCAGGUAAUAGUACAAGUACUUCUGGAAGUGAUGGCAAGAAGUCUUCAUCUGGAGUGGUUGUGGGUUCGGUGAUUGGUGCUGCUUCUCUGGUUUUCAUUGUUGGGAUCGGAGUUUUCUGCGUUUACAGAAAUAAACGAAAGCGUCUCGGUAGAGUACAGAGUCCGAAUACAGUGGUGAUCCAUCCUCGCCAUUCGGGGUCAGACCAGGAUACAGUUAAGAUCACUGUUGCUGGUUCAAGCGUCAAUGGUGGAACAGUGAGUGAAACUUACAGUCUUGGAAGUAGUGGGCCUAGGGACAUCCAAGUUGGGAACAUGGUAAUUUCCAUCCAAGUUUUGAAGACGGUGACUAACAACUUCAGUGAGGAGAAUAUAUUGGGUAGAGGUGGAUUUGGGACUGUUUACAAAGGUGAGUUGCAUGAUGGAACUAAGAUUGCUGUAAAGAGGAUGGAGUCAGCAGUGGUGAGUGAGAAGGGUUUGGAAGAAUUCAAGUCUGAGAUUGCUGUACUUACCAAGGUUCGACAUAGGCAUUUGGUUUCGCUCCAAGGAUAUUGCUUGGAUGGAAAUGAGAGGCUUCUUGUUUAUGAGUACAUGCCUCAAGGGACUCUGAGUAGGUAUCUGUUUAACUGGAAGGAGGAAGGGUUGAAACCCCUUGAAUGGACAAAAAGGCUGAUCAUUGCCUUGGAUGUGGCUAGAGGUGUUGAAUAUCUACAUAGUUUAGCCCAUCAGAGCUUUGUGCAUAGGGAUUUGAAACCAUCAAACAUUCUCCUUGGAGAUGAUAUGCGGGCUAAAGUUGCAGAUUUUGGACUUGUCCGUCUUGCUCCAGAUGGUCCGGAUGGCAAAGCUUCAGUAGUAACAAAACUAGCAGGAACCUUUGGGUAUCUCGCACCGGAGUAUGCAGCAAUGGGCAGAGUGACUACCAAGGUUGAUGUGUUCGCCUUCGGAGUAAUUUUAAUGGAGCUGAUUACCGGAAGAAAGGCUCUAGAUGAAACCCAGCAGGAGGACACUAUUCAUCUUGUUGCAUAUUUCCGUAGAAUACACAACAACAAAGACUCGUUCGAAAAGGCCAUCGAUCCCACAAUCCACCUUGAUGACGAGAUCCGUGCCAGUGUUAACAUUGUGGCUGAGCUUGCUGGCCACUGCAGUGCAAGAGAACCCUAUCAGAGGCCUGACAUGAGUCACGCAGUCAAUGUGCUUUCAUCUCUUGCCGAGCUCUGGAAACCAUCCGACCCUGAUGCCGAGGACAUGUAUGGGAUCGACUUCGAUAUGUCAUUACCUCAGGCAGUCAAGAAAUGGCAGGCUCUCGAAGGAAUGAGUGGUGUGGAUGGUUCUUCGUCUUACUUUGGCAGUGCCGAUAAUACCCAAACUAGCAUACCUACCCGACCUCCUGGCUUUGCAGAUUCCUUUGCAUCCGCAGAUGGACGGUGAGAUUUAGUGAUCGAACAAAGAAGAUGAUCUGACAGUGCAAGUGGUGUUGUUAAUUGCUCCCGAGAGGUUUGGUUUGUUCAUUCUUUCUGCUUAUUUCAUGCUUUUCUUCUUUAUCUUUCUUGCAAGGUUUGUUCCUUUUUCUUUUUCCAUACUUUGUUGAAGCUGCUGCUCUUUUCCUUUUUCUUUGUAGUUUGGACAGCUAAGUUAUCUUAUAACUCUUGAAGAUUCAAAUAGAUAAGAGUUCAUGUA